CGUCUGGCCUUCCUGGAAGGGAGCAGCCCACAACAUUUCAAACAGCUCAGUGUUAGCAGAGUCAGCUAGAAGGAUACAUAGACAGAGGAGGAAACAGUCCAUCCUGCAGCACAAUGAUAUUCUACCUCCUGCUUCUUGCCUUUCCUCUGUUGAAAGCUGGUUCAUUCUGGGAUGACACUCUGGACUAUGAAUGGGAACAGUGGAAGAGGACGUACCAGAAACAAUAUAAUGGACAGCUGGAUGAGGCAAUGAGACGUCUGAUUUGGGAGAAGAACUUUAAAUUUAUUGCUGCCCAUAAUGAAGAAUAUCGGCAAGGCCUACACACCUAUGACCUGGCCAUGAAUCGUCUGGGGGACAUGACCAGUGAAGAAGUUGUGAAGACAAUGACAGGGCUGAAAGUCCCACCAAAAAAUAGGGCGAGGAAUGUCACAGUUGAUGACGAGGAUCUAGUACCGCUCCCGGACUCUAUUGACUAUAGGAAGAAAGGUUAUGUCACGCCAAUCCGAAAUCAGGGUUCAUGUGGGUCAUGCUGGGCUUUCAGCUCAGUAGGGGCCCUGGAAGGCCAACUAAAGAAGAAAACGAAGAAACUAGUGGUUCUCAGUCCUCAGAACCUGGUAGACUGUGUGAAGAAGAAUGAUGGGUGUGGAGGAGGCUACAUGACCAAUGCGUUUGAGUACGUGAGGGACAAUAAAGGCAUUGACUCGGAAAAAGCCUAUCCUUACACUGGAGAGGACCAGACCUGUAACUACACCACAGCAGGCAAAGCUGCUAAAUGUAAAUCAUAUAAAGAAGUCAAGGAGGGCAGUGAGAAGGCGCUGAAGAAGGCUGUAGCCACAGUUGGACCGAUCUCAGUGGGCAUAGAUGCCAGUCUGUCCACCUUCCAGUAUUACAGUACAGGUGUAUAUUAUGACCCAGAAUGCAAUGCGGCAGAUAUUGACCAUGCUGUGCUUGCUGUUGGCUAUGGGGUACAGAAGAAACAGAAGUACUGGAUUAUUAAGAACAGCUGGGGCGAGGAUUGGGGUGAUAAAGGCUACAUCCUAAUGGCCAGAGACAAAAAUAAUGCUUGCGGCAUCGCCAACCUCGCCAGCUACCCCCUGAUGUGACCUGUACAGAAUGCACGAAGAGGACCCCACAUAGACCGGUCAUCUCUGGAACCCCGAUGUCCUUCUUAUCCUUUUUUAUUCCUUUGAAUGAGCACUUUCUAUGUCAUAGGGAGUCACACAAAUUUCAAUGUUUACACAAAUUUGCCUUUAUAUAAAGCCAAUCAGUAAAUUCUCUUCUAGGGCUCUUGGAUACGGACAUACAGAGUAAAAUCUGUCUGUUGGGAGCCACAGUUGCAGCUCAAUUCAGCCCAUUGACAGGCAUUGCAGAAUACACUGUGUGUGGCUACAUCCGUGUAACAAUGGCCACUUGAGUUUCCAAGUGUAUGGGUGUAUUUUUCAAAGCGUCAAAGUUUGUGUGAAUACGCCAUUGCCCAUGGUUAUGCGCAGGGCUGGUGCAAGGAUUUUUGACACACUAGGAAAAACCUAAUUUUGCCGCCCCCUUUGCCUUGCCCAUGUAUA